AUGCAGCUACCACAUACUUGUCCGCUUGCUAGAAUAAGACCUCUUGUUGGAAGGUAUGUGCCACCUGAAGUUGUUGUUGUUCGGGUGCCACUUUUGCAUUUAUCAAAUUUCCAAAUUAAUGAUUUUCCUGAUCUUUCAGCAAAAAGCUUUGCAAUCAUGGAGCUUGUCGAUGUUGUUGCAGAUCAGAAUUUGGGGCAUAGAAUUUGCAAACACCCAUUUGAGUUCCUCGUUGUUCAUCGCACACUUGAUGGAAGAUGUUGGCACUUAUAG